CUGUUCAUUCCAUGGGAGGAAGUCUUCACAUGCUUCAGGGCAGCCAAGAGAAAAAGUGCUGGAGCAAGAAAGCAAGGGGGGGACAAUGAAAUGGAAACAAUCAAUGACACCAUUAUCAUCGAAUUCUUUCUGAAAGGAUUUUCCAGCUUCCCCAGAUUGGAGAGCCUCCUGUUUGUGCUGUGCCUGGUGAUGUACCUGAUCACCCUGGUGGGUAACGGAAUUAUCAUUGCCAUCAGCAUACUGGAUUCUCACCUCCACACCCCCAUGUACUUCUUUCUCAGUAACCUAUCUUUCUUGGACAUCUGUUACACAUCAACCUUUAUCCCUUUAAUGCUGGUGAACUUCCUGUCUAAAGAAAAAACAAUUUCUUUCAUUGGCUGUGCUGUGCAAAUGUGCCUCUCUCUUUCCAUGGGAUCGACAGAAUGUAUUCUCCUAGCCAUGAUGGCAUAUGACCGCUAUGUUGCAAUAUGCCACCCUUUGAGGUAUUCCAUCAUUAUGAACAAGAGAGUGUGCCUAGGGAUGGCUGCUUUCUCCUGGAUCUUAUCUUUACUGAAAUCCAUUAUGGAGACAGUAAUUGCAAUGCAGAUGCCUUUCUGUGGACACAAGGUGGUCAGCCAUUUCACAUCCCACCUAACUGUGGUGAUUAUAUUUUAUGGGACCAUUAUUUUCAUGUACAUGAAACCCAAGAGUAAAGAAACUCAGAUUUCAGAUGAAUUACUCACUGUUUUGUAUGCUGUGGUUACCCCUAUGCUGAACCCCAUUAUCUACAGUUUGAGGAACAAAGAGGUGAAAGAGGCUAUCAAGAAAGUCCUGAAGAAAAGUUACUUCUCAAUGUGA